GUGUCGUCAAUCCUCAACUGCAGCUGGCAGAGGAAGCGCUAAACAAUAAUUAGAAGCUGGAUAAGACAGACCAACAAAAACGGUUUUGGCUGGUCGCGGGAAAAACCAACUGUGUUACCAUCACUAUUAUUUUUUCCAACGAGCAACUUGGUGCUGUCGUGCAUGUCCGCGAUUGCGUCGCCGGCUGUGUCGACGGAGACGUACUGUGGACUCCCUGUCUACGCGCUGCGCGACGUCCUCAGUCAGCUCCGUCUCCCACCUCCGUUCAAAGCCGCUGAUGUUUCCGGCAAAUGGCGGUGUGUGCUGGCCCCGUCAGCCGAGGCGUCCGCCACCAUCACCACUGCAGAGGAUCUACUGCUGUCGGAAGAAGAGUUAAUGCCGUACCUUGAGGCCGGGGUACCGGUUCGUGGGCAUGCCAAGCGCGCUGCGCAGGCCCACGCCGGCUGCGGCGAGAGCAGCGUGGACUGGCUGACAAAAGGAAAUUGGAAUGCAUUUCCAAAGCCGCAAAUCGCGCUGCGACGGGGCUGGGGAGCGCCCGGGACGGAUAUGCAGGAUUCCUCGUUCCACAAGUUGGUUGCCUCCUUCCAUGAGGUGCUUCACCAUUCACAGGAGGUGGAGGUGCCACUGACGGAACAAGAAGCGCAGGUGGCCGCCGCCGCCGAAAGUGAAAGCGACGCACGAAACGAUGAUGCUUCGCCGGUCGAUCUCGAUGCGUUUGGAGACCGCCGUUGCCGUGAAGAUGAAGUGCUCGAUCUGCAGCUUUUUCAUCGCGGUGAUGGCUGUCCGGCGAUGCCGAUUCUCGGGGAGAAACUGGUGUGGCCCUCCUACAUCGAUGACGGAGCGCUGUGCGACACCGCGACGUGGGUCUCGCAGCGGGGGAUGGUGCGGCAUUGGCACCUGAAUGACUCGGGCGAGUUUGUCAUGCAGGCUGCCCUGCCUCUCUCCUGUCCUGCCUCGCCGCUGGGGAAGGAAGAACAGGAAGAGGUCAGCGCUGCCUGGUUGCACGAGGGGCUGACGCCUGGCGCGAAAAAGAUGCUCUCGCUGAUGUGCCCCGACAUGAGCAGCGCAGCUGCUGCCGCUACAUCGUCAAAAACGACAUCUGCACAGGCAGCGCCGGCGCACCACGUUGCCGCGAUGGUCACCAUCUUUGCGCCGAAAGGCGGCUACGACUGGGUGCUACACGAUGACGAGGCAACGAUGCGGGGUAACGUGGUGGCGCUAGAUCUGUUUGCCACCCCAGAUGAAGCCCUGCCCGCGGAGGCGGCGGUGCUGCCUGUUCUCGCCGUGGCGGUGCUGGAGAGCGGCGGUGCUCCGCUGAUCGUCCCGCCCAAUCUCGCACAGCUGUCGAUUGCGCUGGAAGACUGUGUGGUGGUCGAGCAGCGCCGUGUGUCGAAUCUCUGGCUCGAUGACGUGUCUUACUUUCUGCAACGCUGCGCUGGAUGGCAGUCGAACCCGAUGAUCUACGCCUAUCUUCAGCAGAACCUGCAGGAUGAUGCCUUCCUCGCCGGGCAGCUCAUCCCGCUUCUCAUUCAGGUGUUUGAGGAACACGGUGGGGACACCGCCUACCACGCCGCAGUUCGCCGACGCGCGGUGUCCUCCCUCUUUGCACUCACCUCGAACGAAAAGCACUACGGUGCGUCGGAGGCCACCCGCCGCUCCCUCAUGAGUCUCUUGCGUGGAGGGAAUGCUCCCAUGCACGCGGUGCUGCAGAGCUCUCCUCAUCCAACAGCGACGACGACCAACAGAACAGACGUCCCGGCCACGUUAGAGGCGUGGUUGGCGCUGUACUGGAACAUGAGCUGGUGCUGGCCCAAGCCAGGCUGCGUGCUGCGCGCCCCUAAUGUUGUGUAUCCGUUUGGCGCGAAGCUCACUAGUAUUCAGCAGACGGCGCACUACGUCCCAGUUGUGUACCCGCCGCAGACGAGCUCGCCUGUCUAUGGCACCGAGAAAGACUCCCUCGAGGGAACGGUCCGGCAGUACUUCGAGAUGAAGCAGAUGGAGUCGAAGCCGAAAGACUUGAUGGCCUAUCUGCGCACUCGCAAGCAACCACCCGACGACCUUCUUGAUGAGUUGUUUUGA